CCCACACCCCGUCCCCUCGGAUGCACACACACGGCAUAGAAUACACACCAGUGAGUCACCGGUAUGCUCACGGUCGGUCGGGUAGUCAGUGUCUUCGCGGCGAUGGCCCCGGCGACCUCCCGGCCGUCCGCCGGGGAGACGUCUUGCGCCUGCACGGACGGAUCGAAUGCACACACAACGAGUGCAUGACAUAGAAGUGGAUGUACUCAGUGGAAGGCUCUCUUCCCUACUUGGCGUUGUAGAAGGCGAGGGCAUCGGGGUGCUGUGUCUCCAGCCGAGACGCCUCCAUCAUAUCAAACUGCACAAACACAAUGAAUGCACCCACAACAAUGCACCUCCAUGCACUGCAGGCACUCCGUCCGCCUUACCUGUUCGUUUUCGUCGAGGUCGUCCCCCUCCGGCCCUCUGGUGGACGAUGAGAGGGUCUUGGCCGCUGAGGCGACCGCGUCAGCACCACUCACCAAUUGGCCGUACUUCUCCUCAUACCUGGGGCCACAGGCCAUCGAUCAUGUUGGUGGGAUUGGGCAGAGGGGUGGGAGGGCAUGCACUGAGUGCAUUACCAUCGCUCGAAGGCCUGCAGCAACUGUGUCUUGCACUUCUGAAUGUUGUGGUCGAUCUGGAGCAGGUGUGCCUUGAGCUCCUUGUGGGCGUCGAACUGCUCGCGAUACUGCUUCUUGAGGUCUUUCAGGCGCUUGAUGAGGGCGUACUCUUCCUCGUCGAUCAGAGACACCGACGAAUCGCCGCCCACCUGCAUGUCGUUGAUUGCAUGAGCCAUGUGGAUGGGCUGAAGGCAUGCAUGUGAGACAUAUAUGUGGCCACCCACCUUUGCGCCCUCUGCGCUGCGCUCCCUCUGUUUCUUCUGGACCAUUUCUUUCACCUCCUCCAUUGAAACCUUCACACGGCUUAUCUCCUGCACACAUCCAGUAUAGCCACAGUAGUGGUGUUUGUAUUUUCUUGUCUGUCUUUCUCUCACCUCAGCGACUGUCCUGAGCUCUUGUUUCUUGGUCCGCUGAUCGAUCUUGUUCUGGUUGAACGCCGCCUCCAGCUGUUGCCCCUCCUCUGUGCUGGCCUUGAAGUCAGUAAAGGCCGUCUGCCGGUCCGGCGGGGCGGGGCCGGCCUGCGCGUCCCCCCUCUGCUCACCAGCAACACCAUCAGGGCUGCGACGCUUGCCCGCCGCCCUGAGGCAAACGAGAAAUGAUCGGAUUCCAUGUCUCUGUCCAGAUCUCCUACCUUGCUUCCUGGUCGAUUGCCCCUCCCUCCAGCCCCGCCCCUUUGGCUCUCUUGGACUGGUCGGCGGCCACACCCACAGACAACCCCGCAGCCGCCUCCUCAUCGCCCACACCCUCAUCCGCACCCCCCGCGCCCUCGGCUGCCGGCUGACCGCCCUCGGCUACAUCACCCUCGGCACCUGCUCCUGGCGCCUGUGAGGGGUGUGCGCGUGCUGGUCUGGACUGGAGUGCCUGCUGCUGGUUCUGGUAGAGCCGACGCAUCGACUGGAAUAGCUCACGAACCUGCCUAUGGGAAGGAAGGAGAAAGGGAAAGGGGAGACGGGGCAGAAUGAUCUGGAUGGGUGUUGUUGGUUGAUCUGUAACACGCAUACUUGAUGGACGUGAUAUCCACGUCUGCCACUUCGCCCUCAAAGUACUGCUCGGCGGCCUUCUCGAUCUCGCGCUGCUCCUCGGGCGUAUACGGCUCAUACGACUGCACGGACCAUCAAGACACAGACAGAUAAGACACGACCAUCCGCCCUCCACACGCAAUGACCUAUCCAGAAAAUACCAUCUGGCUGCGUCCGCUGAGGAUGUCGUGCAUGGCGAGCUCCUGCUUGAGAUCCCUGAUUUCUCUCUCGUACUUGCGGAUGAGCUGCUGGCUGUCCAGCUGGAUGUUUUGCGUCGCCUCGUUCGAGACACGCAUCAUGCGUGUGGCAAACCGGAGCGUACUCACUGUCUCCUCGACGUGCGACCCCUCCGGCCAGAUGUUGGCGAUCAUCAUGGUGCGGCAGUUGCCACCAAUCGAGUCUUUCAGCAGGUGGGUGAGCUUCGACGAGCGGUAGGGCACAUGGUCGCGACGCUUGUCCGAGAGAGCGACAACCACCUACACCAACACACACAAAUAAAUGACGGCUGACUGUGCUGUGGCCCCCCAACUCACAAAUCAGUCACCUGCUCCAGAAAGGUGAGGCUCUUGUUGAUGAAUGUCGCCUCUUUCAGCGUCGCCCCGAACGAUCCCGUCUUCUUCAAUCUUUCGCUGCCAGCGAGGUCCACCAGAUGGAUCUUGGAAUAGACCACCCUCUCAUUCGACUCCACUCGCGACCGGCUCUCCACAAACAGGGUCACCACAAAGUGACUCCGGCUCGACAGCACGUUCAACGAAUGCUCCGACACCGCCCGCGCCGCGUCGGCCUCGAAGAAAGCCUGGAGACACUCCUCCUCUGUCAAUGCUACCCUUCUCGUCAGGCCCUUGACGCUCACACCGCCCUUGCUGUCCUCCUGGAUCUGCUGAUCGGCCGCAGUGUCGCCGGCAGAGGGGUAGGGGAGGAGGUCCAUCAUGAGCUCGUUGUAGAUCUCGAGGGCGCCCAGUCGGACGGUGAUGGCGCAUUCUGGGCGUGCGGCGAUUGCGGUGAAGAGGGCGGUGAUGCAGCGGGGGAUGAUGCCGCGGUAUGCGAAGUUGGCGGGGCCCCCCACCAUGGUGAAGGUCUUGCCUGCAACGAUGAGACAUACCUUGCACACAGACUCUGUCUCACUCAGUGACUGGCUGACCAGCCCCUGUCUGUCCGUAUGCCAUGCAGGUGCCAUUGAAGCCGUCGAGCACACCGGUGCCGCCAGUGCCCAGCAGCUCCCUCGCAAACUCAUCAAACACCCUCUCCUGCACUCCACACCACACACCACACACCAUACACAAGCAAAGAAACAAACAAACAAGCAAGCAGCAUCACGCACCUGAGAACAAGCAAGCUGAGCCUCUCACCUGUGAGGCGUUGUGGAGGACCCGGUCAAACUUGAACGAGAAGCUGUCCACUUGGUUGUUGACCGUUCCCCCAACAUCGCUCUUAGGCAGCUUGACGUCAAUCGCCUGGACCAAUCAAAUGACACCAAACACACACAGGCGGCAAAAUACAAGCGACCUGCUGCGUUUGUUUGUCUGCCUGUCGCCCACAUUGGUGUCCUCGUGGAUGCGGAAUGUCUGCUCUGCAAAGCGUCCGGUGGGGCGAGUGCGCACCACUACACGAACGUGUUUGCUCGGCAUGAUUGAAUCUCUGUCACAUGCGCUAUGAGAGUGUAUGCGUGUUUGGAAC